UCGAGAAGUUCCGAGAAUGUUGUGGAGAUAUCCCAGCCUAUUUUUGGUAAAAACUGGAUAAGAAGAAAUGUAUGUAAAAAAGGAGAGAACAAAGAAAAUAAGGGAGCAUUAAAACGACGGCGUUUUGUGAAAAUCCCCAAUAUCUUAAUUUUCCUGUCCUCGCUUUCAAAAGCUGCGAUCAUAACAUCCCAUCAAAUUUCUCCGUUCAAUCUGCCGCCGUCGCCGCCACCGUCUCCGCCGUCUUGUAAAUUUGGAGGUCAUCGGUCGAUCACGUAAUUCAAUUCUGAUCGUCUCUGCAAGAAACAGUUGUGAAGGAGAGAGAGAGGAAAAAACCUAAGAUAUAAUUAGAGAAAAUGGCUGUGAAUCCCCAACUUUACCCAAACGGGAUGCCUGUACCCUUCGUCAAUGAGAUAUUUGUCUUGGCCAGAGAUGGCGUCGAGUUUGAGAUCGACAAGAUCCCUGGGAAUCAAGGUGGGAAUGUUAAAGGUAAAGGAACGAUCUUCUUGUCAAAUAUCCGAAUGGUCUUUGUUGCAAGCAAACCUGUUGGGAAUUUUGUUGCGUUUGAUAUGCCCCUGCUCUAUGUUCAUGGAGAAAAAUUCAACCAGCCAAUUUUCUAUUGCAACAAUAUUUCUGGGCGUGUUGAUCCUGUUGUGCCUAGUACAGAACACCAGGCUUUAUAUUCAGCGCAUUCGUUCAAGAUUCUGUUCAAAGAAGGCGGUUGUGGAACUUUUAUCCCUCUCUUCUUCAACUUAAUUGCUUCUGUCCGACAAUAUAACCGACAUGUUAGUGCAGAGGCCGUACAGCCACGAGUGGAUCCUCUCCAAGCAUCACAAACUCCCGUCGAUGAGAUGAUGAGACACGCAUACGUUGAUCCUAAUGAUCCGACAAGAAUUUUCCUGCAGCAGCCAAAUUCAGAGAGUCAGUUGAGGCGCCGUACAUACCACUCUCAAAAUACCGACAACUAAAUAUGAUUAUUAUUUACCGACUUCGCCUUUUGUGUAUUCUGUUGAACUCGAAGUCAAAGCCCUGUUUUAUGUAUUUGUUCAUCAGUGUCGUCUACUACUACUACUACUACUACUACUUCUACUACUACUUUUAUUUGUGACGUCGUCAGAUAUUUAAGGUUAUAUUUGAAUGUGAUGAGUUCAGACAAGGAUUUCAAAUUUAUAAUAUAUAUGUAUAUUUUUUUAAUUAUUGAA